AUGUACGACCUAACAAGACUGUGGUCCCAUGACCUGUGUCCACUUCUGGAUCUUGACGGCUGGAUCUCGGCUUCAUUUACUUUGACGGUACAACCACUGGAAUCACUCAAACAACAUAGGGGUCUAUACGAGCGCCAGUGCUCGCAUGCACAGCACCUCAUCGCCUACUAUAGAGUGGAGAUAAGCGUGGUUCUUGGCUGUGAUGGUUUGAUCGCUUUCGCCCAUACAUCCGGUUCUCCAAUUCCAAAGGAGGAAUCUGUACCUGAAGUUAAUGGACUGUUGGGAGCCCGUACUUACUCGGGUCUGGCGAUCUACAUGUACUAUAUGGUCUGUCGACCACUUUACCGACCUCGGGAGUCAGCUAAACGUGGACCUGUAUCUCGCGAUGGUCAACUUCGCGCCACUGUCACGGCGAUCGCCUGGCACACAGGAUAUCCGCGUCUCUUUGGGUUGGGAAUGCACAUCAAUGACUACUACCCAUUCGCGCUUCCUUUCUCCCUCUUCAUCGCCUGUUACCCCACAUCACGAUCACGACAGUCGGUGCCCGUGCUAAGUGCACACGGGCUCCGGCGAAGUGGACCACAGUACUACGAUACCCUCAUCGAGGCAAAAGUCCACCUGUUCUUCAUUGCGGCAGAUCAACCCAUCAUAGCAAAAUCACGCCAUCUCUCCCAACCACCUGUUCACCACAGAAUCCUUGCGCAAUCUCCUUCCUCAUCACGGCAAAUGCCUGAACCAAUCAUCGCCUUUAUCUCAAUUGACGCGGCAAAAGCCUAA